AUGACAGACCCACAAGAGGGCGCAAAACUCGCACCGCCCAUCGACUACGCCAACCUGUCGUCCACUCCCAUCACCACCCACUCGCAAUCGCACUCGCACGAGACCGAACACACCGCCGGGGACGCAGACAAGGCUGCUGUUGUUGAUCUCGUCACGGGACAGGGAUCGCACGGCGCAAACACGGCGGGAACAGUGGGAGUGGACAUGCCCGCUGAAGUGGUCGACUCUCCCGCACCCGCGUCUGCGCACCCCGAACCCGCCUCCGCGCCUCCCCCUGCGCCGAAAGACGACGAGCCUAUCGCAGUCGACACGGCAAAGACCUCGACCGCCCUUUCGAGCGCCGACAAAGCCCCCCUCCCAACCGCCGAACCCGCUCCCCCCGCCGCCGAAUCCGUCUCGAGCGCCGACGCCGCCCCUCGUCCCGCUGUCGAAGCCGCACCAGUUCAGCACGAUGCAGCUCCGCAACGCGCAGUCGCGCACGAAGCGAAGGCGGUAGACCUCGCCGCGAAGGGCCACACGAGCGGAGGGAGCGAGACGAGUGCUGUCGUGACCAAUUCGAGCGUCGCGAGGCCUCCUACGCGCACGGAUGUCCCACUCGAAGGGAUGCGCGAGACGGGACACGUCGAGUCUGCUCCUCCCGCCACAAGCAAGCCCAUCGUCCCCUCCGCCGAGUCGCACCUCGCCGAACAUCCCGCGACUUCCACAGACGCCGAACACGUCCUCCCGCUCGGCUCGGACGUCCAUCCCGUCCAUCAGGCCGCGGCACUUGCCGAGGCGCCGGAUCACCUCGUCAAUGCGCAGGUGGAGAAACACAAGGCGGAUCGGAGGGAGGUCUUUGGCGAGGAACCGCAGGGGACGAUCGUGCCCGGUCUCGAGGACGACAAGCUGUGGGCUAUGAUUCGCAGGUUCGACGUCCAAAUCUCCCACACCCUUACUCCACCGACCAAGCUCCCCCGCGGCGAACCCGACCUGCGUCCGUCGACCCUCCCCGCCGUGCCCUUCAACUCAGACACGCUCAAGUCGAACCUGAUGCGGGUAUACGCGACGCUCGGGAUCUGGACGAUUUACGGCGCCAGGGAGGUGAUGAGGUUGAUGAGUUGGAGUCCGGAGAAUAGGAGGAGGACGACGGUUUGGUGUGUCGCCUACUUUGUCUGCGCGGCGUUGAGGAUGGUCUUGCCUGCUUUCUUCGUUCUCCUCGCCACCCUAAUCGCCUACCCCCCUUCUCGCAAAUACCUCUUCCCCCCGAUCCCCCCUCCUCCGGGCCAACCUCCCUCCGCGACCGACCCUACCAACCAACGCGGCGACGAAUCGAUGAUCGCCGGCGUCGGGCACCCGAUCGAGCACCGUUCGCGCGCCGAACAGGUCGAGCAACAGGCCUGGGAGUUUACGAACCUUGUGCAGAGGUUUGGCGCGAGGGUGGUGGUUGGGGGCAAAGCGGGUGGGAAGCAGGGGAAUGCCGAGGUUGGGAUGAAGCAGCAUGUGAGUAGUGAGGAUGAGGACGAGGAGAGCGAGUUGGAUGAGGAGGAACAGGAGUUGCAUCGGGUUGCGGAGGAGGAGGGGUUGGGCGUCGCGGCGGAUAAGGAGCGCAGGGAGAAGAACUUGAGCGACAAGGAGAGGAGGAAACAGAAGGCUAAGGAGGCAAAGAUCAAGCGUGAUGCGGCGAUUGGAAACGCCGCGAAACAGGCGCAGGACAUCCUCGGCAACAUUGCGGACCUCGCGGAAGUCUUUGCCAACGCCCUCGCGCCCCCCAAGCCCUACCCGCCCUACAAAGCUCGCGAAAAGCUCGCCUACCAAGUCCUCGCCCCAAUCGCACUCGUCUUCGCCGUCGUCCCCGCCAAAGUCUGGUCCAUGGCAGCCUCGUUCGGAUUCGGCAUCGCCUUCUUCGGACAGCCGCUCCUCAUCCGUGCGUUCGAGUUGUUGCAGGAGAAGGUGCCCGACUGGCAGGAGAAGAUCGACCUUCGCAACACCCUCUUCUCCGGCGUGCCGACCAACGCCCAGCUCGUCCUGCACGUCAUCCGCGUCGCCGAGCGCGCCUACACGCCCUUCCCUCUCCCUCCUCCCGCCCCAACCGCCGAGCAUAUGAAAGAGGCCGUCCAGUCCGGCGGAUUCGACGCAGACGAGAUGGGCGCCGACGGGUACAGCGCUGAAGAUAGCGAGCAGCACUCGGUUGAGGCUGGUGCGCUCGCGAACAAGGAGAGUGAUGGCGGGAGCGAGAAGAGCGGCGGGUCGGCAGUCGACAAGGUUGCAAAUCACUCGAAGCACAAGAUUGUCGGCGCGUUCAAGAAGGUCGCCAAGAAGGCGGCCGUCUUCCGUGGCGACGUGCACGUCGAGGGAGAGUCGUCGGCCAAGCAGAAGGUCGGCAACAAGAUCGACCGCAUGCUGUACCAGUCGCGCGCCAAGGACGACAUGACGCCCACCUCCUUCCCCGCCAAGUUCAACGGCACGUCCGGCCACAUCAUCGUCAAGCACUCGCCCUCGCAGGCUACCUCGACGGUCUCGUUCAUCCCGCUCAAGGCGUCCUUCUCGCACCCGACCUUCGAGCGCCCGAUCGAGGACAUCGUCGAGAUGAAGAAGCACGGCGUCUGGAUCGGCCGUACCGCGCUCGGCUGGGCCGCGAGCAUCAACCUCCAAGGAAUGGGUCUCGACAUCCGUUUCAAGACGCUCGAGGAGCGCUACGCCGAGAAGGCGCACGGCGGGCUCGGCGAGGGAGACAAGCCGCAUCAGGAGGUCACGCACGGCGAGACGAUGACGUUCUCGCACGUCGCGAGGAGGGACGAGUUGUUCAGGCGCUUGCUGGCCAUCUCGAACGCGAGGUGGGAGGUACUUUAG